ACUUCCUGCCUGGAGCAUGGGCGGGGUAUGUAGCUAGGGUCUUGAGGCCUCUGGUUUGAGAAAGGGAUGAGCCCAGGCAGCCUCUCACCACGCCAUGGAGGCAGGAGGCCAUUUCUGCAUCCCCAAUGCUUUUGCUUUGUUUGGAAAGCAGGUUGUAGCACCUGAGUGGUUCUGUGGGCCUUGUUCCUCUCUUCUCCCUGCCCAUGAUGAUUUGAGAACCAUUAAUAAUAAAAGACAGACCUGCGGCCCUUAGUUCCAGGAAGGAAGGCAAAGCUACCCUAGUAGGGGCCUGUGGGGCCACCGUGGGGUGUAGAAGUAAGCUAUGGAUGAAGUGAGCCCAAAAUGUAAAAUAUAUAUCACCACUUUAGAAGCGGGUUUUUGGGUUUGCUUUCUCCCCCUACUUUAUUGGGGAGGACUUGCCAUUGCUUUUAUCAAGUGCUUGCUAGCCAUGGGUGCCAACUAACUUCUUCGAUUGAAGGCCGGAGUAUCAUAUCUGGUUCCAGGAGCCGCUUCAGCAGGUCCUGGCAUUCAGUUGAGAUGCCCAGAUGAGUGGGGAAGGAUACCCCCUUCUGUUGCUGCCACAGCAUCUUGGGGAUAUCUGUGUCAUCAAAAGGUAGACUUGCACAGAGCAUUACAUACAGGACCACACCCAUGCUCCAGACAUCACCUUUCUUGCUGUCAUGGGGUAUGCCCUGCAGCACCUCGGGAGCGGCGUAGGCUGUGCUGCCGCAGAAGGUCUGGCUCAGCUCCCUGCGUGACUUGGGUAGCACCUUGGCAAAGCCAAAGUCGGUCAGCUUUAGGUUGAAGCCCUGCAACAAGGCGUUCUCACAUUUAAGGUCCCGGUGGGCCACGCCACAGCCAUGGCAGUAGCGGAUAGCCUCAACCAUCUGGCGGAAGAGGGCCUUGGCCCGGCUCUCGGGAAGUGGCCCUCCGUUGAGCACACAGUCAAAGACAUCCCCUCCCUCAGCCAGUUCCAUCACCAGGUAGAUUUUCCCAUCUGCCGACUCCAGCAUCUCAUACACCCGGAUGAUGUUUUUGUGGUCCAGGGUGCGGACAAUCUGGAGCUCUCGAGGCAGGAAUCUCUGGAUAAACUCUAGGGGAGAGCAGAGAGGCAAAGUGGGCUAUCAGUAGAAGGGUCUAAUUUCUCCCUCCUGACUCCUGUUUUCUGGCUUGCGGACCACCACCAUGUCCGUGUGUUCUUCCUUGACUCCCUGAAUAGACUCUAGCAGCAAGUAUGCCCUUUUAUUACUUCGUGGUUAGCUGGUCCUUGGAACCCCUUCCCUGCAGCCUGUGAGACCACAGGUGCUUGAGGACUUCAGACAACACUGUUGAAUGCCAGGAUCCUUCUGGGAGCCCUGUCUUCCUGUCCCUUCCCCACCUCUUGGCUCCAGUUAUCUAGCUAACACCUCCUGGGAUAGGAAAAACUGAGGCCCUUUGCCCUGUGCUCUGUGGAUGUGGAAAGAUGCAGCGAUCCUGGGUUCCCCACACCCCUCUCUCACAGACCUGAAGGCAGCCAUCUGGCUUGCUUUCUGUCCUUCUAAAAGGGAAGGAGAACUGUUCUGAACGAGAAAAGCACCUACCCGCGUUGGCUAGCCCGCCCUCCCAAGCGCCCCAGCUCACCUUCUGGCCCUCCCAUCUUGUCUAUAAUUUUAAUCGCCACUUUUCUUUGAUGUUUUUUGGAAAAUGCUUCUUUGACUUUUGAGUAGGUCCCUUCCCCAAUGGUCUUGCCCAGCUGGUACCCAUUGGAGAGUAGAAAGUCCUCCAUGCUGUGUAGCGCCUCCUUCUUGUCACCCUCUCAGCUCAUGCUGCCUCGGGGAGGCAGCACUACUCCACCAUCGCCCUCGGCCUGCUUCUUCUCCCCCCAAGGACUUCAUCCACAGCUGCCUCCAGGGCUAGAACAUUCUCCGUCUGGACACAGCCACAGGUGGUGGGGAGGGAGAGGACCAGACAUCUUUAAACUCCUGCCCAAUUGUGAUGUAAAUGCUGUGUGAUCCUCAGACAACAUGGGCAGUGUCCCUGCUGGCCCUCACCACCACCACCAAACCCAGCCUGAGUUAAGUCAUUCAUGAGGGAGGCACCGAGGGGGCACAGUGCCGGAGAAGGGGCCCGGGCGGCUGUGUAGGCCAGGGAUGCAGGGCUUCUCCAUGCGGGCUCUGCUUCCAGACAGGUCACCCUCAUCUCCCAAGUCUCCAUCAAGCUGUUGAGGGAUAGUGCGAACCGGUCACCAAGGUGUGGUCGCCAGAAGCCUCUGGCUUCAGGCCCCCCCGGGCCCUCACUAAAUGCCCGAAUGGCCCGGACCGGCCUAGAAUUCUAUCGAGGAACAGGCUGUGUGAGGUCAGCACGCAGAGAUCGGGGUCACAAUGCAGCCCUUCCCUUCGACGCUGGGACCCGGGCACGCAGCAGACACCUGCCAGGCUCCGCCUGGACCGGAGCGUCCUCCCGCGGCCAGGGCUCGGGCAGUUGCUUCCAGCCUGGGACUGGCCUCGGUCUCCGGCAGAGCGCCCCGGGGCCUGGAGAUGAGUGCCCAGGAGACCCCACAGGGUCGAAGAUUCCCCAUUGAGGCCGGAGACUCCCCUGGCCUUGCCUCCGCCCCCGAGUCCCAGGACAGCCCGGAGCCUGUAGCUACGGAUCAAAACCCGGUCAGGCCGCUCCGACGCUGCCCGGGCUGCCACUGUCUGACGCUGCUGCACGUGCCCAUCGACGUCUACCUGGCCAUGGGCGGGAGCCCCCGGGCCCGUGCCACCUGAGUGCGCCUGCGCACGGCAGCUCCGCAGGAGCCGGGCAGGACGAGGCCAGCCGCGGGCCACCACGCUGAGGUCGCACGCGCCGAGCACGAGACAAUGAUGCACAUUUUAAAAUAAAAGAAUGAUGCACAUUUUAAUAAAGCACAGCAUAAACUGUUCUUUCCA